GACGUCAGUGGCGCGCCGGGCGGCGGAGCCGGGGGGCGGCUGGUUUGGUCUCUGCCGCGUGGGGCGGCGGCAUGGAACGGGAAGCCGGCCCUGGGGGCGCGCGCCGGGCGCUGGGCCGCCUGGUGGAGGCGGUGCUGGCAAACCGAGGCAAGGCCAACGCCGUGUUCGACAUCCUGGCCGUGCUGCAGUCUGAGGAUCGGGAGGAGAUCCAGGAAGCGGUGCGCGCAUGCAGCCGACUUUUCGGGGCCCUGCUGGCCCGCGGAGAGCUGUUUGUGGGCCAGCUGCCCUCUGAGGAGGUGGUCAUGGCAGGGUCCCGGGGGGCCACUCGCAAGUACAGGGUGUGGAUGCGACACCGGUACCACAGCUGCUGCAACCGCCUGGGGGAGCUCUUGGCUCGCUCCUCCUUUCAGGUCAAGGAGCUGGCCCUCAGCACGCUCAUGAAGUUCCUGCAGCUGGAGGGCGAGCACCCCCUGGAGAAGCCCAAGUGGGAAGGCAACUACCUGUUCCCCCACCAGCUCUUCAAGUCGGUGGUAGGAGGCCUGCUCUCUGCAGACGAGGACCACUCCCUGCUGCUCUGUCAGUUCCGGGAGUACCUGGAACACGAUGACAUCCGCUACCACACGAUGCAGGCCGCCGCGGACGCCGUGGCCCGGGCCACUGAUGGGCGCCCUGAGGUGCCCCUCACUUUUUGGAACAACGCCUUCACGCUGCUGUCCUCCGUGAGCCUGCCCCGCCAGGAGCGCGCCCCCUCCAGCUUCUACGUGAAGCACGCAGAGCUUUCGGACAAGUGGAAGGUCGUGCAUCUGAGGGAGCACAGGAAGGCCUUCCAGCAGAUGUGGCUCGGCUUCCUCAAGCACCAGCUGCCUCUCCGCAUCUGCAAGAAGGUGCUGGUGAUCACGCACGACUCCAUCCUGCCUCACCUGGCACAGCCCAGCCUCAUGAUCGACUUCCUCGCCCGCGCCUGUGACCUCGGUGGAGCCGUCAGCCUCCUGGCUUUGAACGGACUUUUCAUCCUGAUUCAUAAGCACAACCUGGAGUACCCUGAUUUCUACCGGAAGCUGUAUGGCCUGCUCGACCCGUCUGUCUUCCACGUCAAGUACCGGGCCCGCUUCUUCCACCUGGCCGACCUCUUCCUGUCGUCCUCGCAUCUGCCGGCCUACCUGGUGGCCGCCUUCACCAAGCGCCUGGCCCGCCUGGCCCUGACGGCGCCCCCCGAGGCCCUGCUCACGGUCCUGCCCUUCAUCUGCAACCUGCUGCGCAGACACCCAGCCUGCCGCGUCCUCGUGCACCGCCCCAGGGGCCCUGAGCUGGACGCCGACCCCUACGACCCCCGAGAGGAGGACCCUGCCCAGAGCCGAGCCCUGGAGAGCUCCCUGUGGGAGCUGCAGGCCCUCCAGCGGCAUUACCACCCCGAGGUGUCCAAGGCCGCCAGCGCUGUUAACCAGGCGCUGUCCGAGGCCGAGGUCAGCAUUGCGCCGCUUCUGGAGCUCACCGCCUUCCAGAUCUUCGAGCGGGAGCUGGAGAAGAAGGGGCCCGAGCCGGUGCCGCUGGAGUUCAUCCCGGCCCGCGGCCUGCUGGGCCGGCGGGCCGACCUCUGUGCCCAGCACUUCACGCUGAGCUGACCCCGCACGCCCUGCUGCCCCCGACGGGUGGUCUCGUGGGAAAGCCGCUGGGGGCGCUGGUGGGCGGGGGUCUCGGGAGGCGCAGGUCCUUCACCUGUGCCCCUGGGGUGCCCUCCCGUCCACCCGCCGCCCCUCCCCCCGCCCCCCUGCUGCUGGCCUCGCCGGAGGGUGCUGCCCGGGGCCCUCCCUUCCCUGCGGCCUGGUGGGGAGGGGCGGGGGGAGGGGCGGGUGGGCUAUGGGGGCGAUGCAGGACAGCCCUGCUUCCGGGGCCCCAGCUCCAAGCGCGCUGGGUCGUGGCUUGUGUCGGCCCCCGCGAUUCCCCCCCAGACGCGCCAGGCCCUCUGCAUCGCUGUGCUCCCUGACACGAGACGGGCCUCGCUUCCGCCAGGGCAGCCGCGAGAGCCUCCCUGCUGCAGUUAGACUGUGACGUGGGAGUAUCGGGGGGGCUCUGUGCCCCGGUCAGUCUCAGUGGGGAGCGCAGGGAGGGGCACAAGCUCGCUGUGUCCGGCCAGGCCCUACUGAGGUCACCUUUGUCCCCAGAAGCGCAGUGAGUCCGGGGGUGAGCGCCUGCCCCUGCGCGGAGUGGGCCAGCAGCCCCAUUGUGUUUGCAGGGUUAUCUUUUCGUGGUUUCUUUUCUACCAAAGGUGCCGUGUUUUCUGUCUCUGGCGGUGAUCCCGUUUCCUUUAAAAAACCCACUCGGUUUGGCACACGCCUGGCGCCGGCCCACGCUUGGCAGGGGCUGACGGGGGCACGGGGGUGGGGCAGCCCACAGGGAGAGACCUUGCUGCCCUCCGCCGCCUCCUGUCUGUGUCCCGUUCCUGGCCACACCCCGCCCGUCCCCCCGGGGAGCGGGGUGGGAGCUCGUGGCGGGCACCCUGGGAGUCCCAGCAGGGAAGGGUUCCGCCAAUCUGGUGUCCAGGUACCCCCGCCGGCCCGGUUUCCCAGCACGCCCUGCUGGCAGCAGCGCACCACGUGGCCCCGCUGCCCUUCAGCCGUCUUCCCACGAGCAGCAGGGGAUGCUCGUUACUGACCUGGAAACCGCCUGGUCCCUGGGGCGCAGGGCUUGCCCGGAGCGGGGGGCGGGGGUGGGCAGUCUUGAGAGAGCCGGGCCGUCUGGCACCAGGAGUGUCCAGUGGGCCAGAGGCCGCCGUGGCCUUGUGUGGGGAUGCCAGGGGGCAGUGCUGGACGGCCUGAGGCCUCCCGCUUUUCUUGAAAAAUACCAUUAUGUGAAAAAAAUUACAGACUACAAAACACUUGAA